UUUAUUUUUAUUAGAAAGGCAAAGGUAACGCUGCUCGGAUGGAGAGUGAUACGUCUAGAACGCCGUACAAUUCCAUUUAUGCGACUUUGAAAAAUAAGAAAACCGAUGGCGAAGUGGUAUGCUGUGUGCAUGGACGUAGAUGUUCUUAUGGAAAAGGAAAUCAAGAUGGGAAGAGAGAUGACAAUCAAUAUGUCAAUUUGCCGUUUUUAAAAAAUCAAGAUCAAAUCGCUUCAAAGUUAACGGGAAAAUUGAACAAAUUGAAGAUUGCUGAAGAGAAAGAGAAUAAGAUUGUGCCACGUGAAAAACCGGAGAUGAUGAGUUUGAAUACUUUGGUGGAAAUUGCAAGAGCUGGAGAACAACCGAGAAAGGGAAGAGGUGAUAAGGAAAAAAGAACGAAAAAGGCUCCAGUUUUGGUUGAUGACAGUCAGUUGUAUGUUAUGAUUGGACCACCGAGUGAACAUCCAGGGGAACCACCUGCAUCAGAGCCAACUGAAACGUAUAAAACCAACACAAUCGAUGAAUCAACAUUCAAAGGAAGUGAAGCAUUGUCAGCUUACAUUGGGGUUGUAACACUUGCCAACGCAGAAAACCAUUUGACUCGCCGUGGUGAAUUUGCUCUCUAUCACUUGUUCAAUCCAAAUGGACGUCUGGACACAAUUACUGACAAGCUACCAUUAAUGAUUGUCUACCGUACCACUACCAAAAAGAAUCGUCACUACUCGAUCCGUACUACUUGUGACCAACAAUUCUUUGUCGACUGUGGAUAUCCUAAUGUUCGAAAACAUUAUUCGCUCAGUCAUUUGGUCAUGUUCUACAAAACAUCGGCAACUUGUGAGAUCAAUCCGGAUGACACUUCAGCUGACUCGUUUUCUUGGUGGCUUGAAUAGUUGAAUCAAUGACCUUUGAACUGAAUCAAUGACCUUUGAAACAAUGAAUAUUAUUUUCAGC